GUGCUAAACAUUAUUCCUUUUGGAUGCGUAACCUGGAUCUUGACCCCCCUUGACCUUGUAACCGGCAUUCUGGAUGGGGUAAGGUGCGUUUGGAUGGGCGAAGCUACUGGAAAGAACCCGCAGUUCGGGGCCCAAUUGUCUUUCACCGUACAUUACUUAGUGCCGGAGGCAAGGUGUUUAAGGAGUGUUAAAUCUCCGGAUAGUGGUUUUCUAACAACCGUACAAGAAUUUGAAGCAGAACCGAACUGCUGUGUACGGGACAUUAGAGCCAACUUUGUAUCUGCAGUGUUUUCUGUACGCAGAUUUGGAGAGAAAUUUAUCGAGAGCAUUGCUCUUCGUGGACCCUUCUUGAUCCAGAAAUAUUCUCCGACCUGGAAUCAUACAUCAAGUUUGGAGAUUAGCAAGCAAAUCAAGUGCGCAUCAUCAUCGGUACUCUGUCAUUUAGAUAGAAAUAUACUUUGGUUCUAGUUUUAGUUUCUCAUUACAUCGGUAAUUAGUGCACAUAGUUCUAUCUAUUUAUUUAUUUGUUCACUUGUUGGAAAAGGGAUAGAUUUUAAUAUACUUGUUUAGAUUGACAGUUGUAUAUAUCACUCUGUAAUAUUACGCCAAAGUUUUAUUAGUCGACGUAAAAUUGUACAGAAUUAAAAACUGUGUAUAUAUAUGUAAGUACGUUAACAAAAUUAGAUCUGAAUACUUUGGAAAAAAAAUUCCGGAGGAAAGUGCUAGUGAAUGAGAUUACAUUUACAGUGAUAUUUCAUGACCUGUGCAGUCGUGAACUUACGGCCAACUUUGGUGUAAAAUUUAUAUUUCCUUCUUCGGGAUUACAGUCUUCAAAUGUCAACAAACAUAAUGAAGACUCGACGACCAGAACCUGCUGAAAUUGAGUAUAAGAACAUGCGGUUCUUGAUAAUGGAUCGUCCAACAGAUGCCACUAUGGAUAAAUUCAUAGAGGAGUUGAAGAAAAGGGGUGCUAAGGAUGUUGUUCGGGUGUGUGAGCCCACUUACAAGACGGACAAGCUUGAUAUUGAAGGGAUCCGGGUGCUGGACUGGCAGUUUGAUGAUGGGAACCCUCCACCUAGUAAAAUAGUAGAUGAAUGGUUCAAUCUCCUAAAGACAAGGUUCAAGGAGGAGCCAGGAUGUUGUGUGGCUGUCCACUGUGUAGCGGGGUUAGGAAGAGCACCAGUUUUGGUGGCGCUUGCACUAAUUGAAUGUGGACUGAAGUACGAGGAUGCAGUGGAACUCAUCCGACAGAAGAGGAGAGGUGCUAUCAAUUCCAAGCAGCUGUCCUUCCUCGAGCAUUACCGUCCUAAAUCGCGCCUGAAGACAAAGGGCAAUGGACAUAAGCAAUGUGUUGUCAUGUGACACUAUCACUCCUUCCCCGCCCUUUUGAACUCUUCACAACCCAGUUACCAUAGCUACAGUCAUUCUAGGAACUAAAUUUUCAUCAGCAAUGGAUACACAUUCUCUUCUCACAUCAAAUGUUGGACAUUUUGAAAUUUAGGAAUUUAGUCAAAGGAUUGGAUUUGUUUUUAGGGGCAAGGGUAUGUUUUGUAUGGAUUAAAAAGCGGACUUUCACAGUAAAAUUUGGCAAGGAAAUUGAUAUUUAAAACAUAUUUUACAUGUCUAAGAACAGUACUGGUUUUAGUUCACUUUCCUAUGUGUACAAUGAAGUAAAUUGAAACAUAUAGAGAAAGUAAAAGAGAUUCAUGUUUUAUUUUACAAUUAUGUUAUUAUUAUUUUUAGCUCACCUGUCACAAAGUGACAGGGUGAGCUUUUGUGAUCGCUUUUCGUCCGGCGUCCGUCCGUCCGUCCGUCGUCCGUCCGUCCGUCCGUCGUCCGUCCGUCGUCCGUCCGUAAACUUUUGCUUUAAAAGACAUCUCCUCAUAAACCACUGAGCCAAUUUCAUCCAAACUUCACAGGAAUGUUCCUUUGGUGGUCACCUUUAAAAAUUGUUCAAAGAAUUUAAUUCCAUGCAGAACUCUGGUUGCCAUGGCAACCGAAAGAAAAAUCUUUAAAUAUCUUCUUUUAAACAACCCUAAGAGUUAGAGCUUAGAUAUUUGGCAUGAAACAUCUUCUAAUGAGUGUCUACCAAGUUUGUUUAAAUAAAAGCCCUGGGGUCAAAAUUGGCCCCGCCCCGGGGGGUCAUUGAUUUUCCCUAUAUGCAUAUAGUAAAAACUUAAAAAAUCUUCUUUUAAAGAACCCAAAGAGCUAGAGCUAAGAUAUUUAGCAUGGAACAUCUUCUAGUGAGUGUCUACCAAGUUUGUUCAAAUAAAAGCCCUGGGGUCAAAAUUGGCCCCGCCCCAGGGGGUCAUUGAUUUUCCCUAUAUGCAUAUAGUAAACACUUAAAAAAUCUUCUUUUAAAGAACUGUAAGAGCUAGAGCUUAGAUAUUUGGCAUGAAACAUCUUCUGGUGAAUGUCUACCAAGUUUGUUCAAAUAAAAGCCCUGGGGUCCAAAUUGGCCCCGCCCCAGGGGGUCAUUGAUUUUCCCUAUAUGCAUAAAGUAAAAACUUAAAAAAUCUUCUUUUAAAGAACUGUAAGAGCUAGAGCUAAGAUAUUUGGCAUGAAACAUCUUCUAGUGAAUGUCUACCAAGUUUGUUCAAAUAAAAGCCCUGGGGUCAAAAUUGGCCCCGCCCCGGGGGUCAUUGAUUUUCCCUAUAUGCAUAUAGUAAAAACUUAAAAAAUCUUCUUUUAAAGAAUCGUAAGAGCUAGAGCUUAGAUAUUUGGCAUGAAACAUCUUCUAGUGAAUGUCUACCAAGUUUGUUCAAAUAAAAGCCCUGUGGUCAAAAUUGGCCCCGCCCCAGGGGGUCAUUGAUAUUCCUUAUAUGCAUAUAGUAAAAACUUAUAAAAUCUUCUUUUAAAGAACCCAAAGAGCUAGAGCUAAGAUAUUUAGCAUGAGACAUGUUCUAAUGGGUGUCUACCAAGUUUGUUCAAAUAAAAGCCCUGGGGUCCAAAUUGGCCCCGCCCCAGGGGGUCAUUGAUUUUCCCUAUAUGCAUAAAGUAAAAACUUAAAAAAUCUUCUUUUAAAGAACUGUAAGAGCUAGAGCUAAGAUAUUUGGCAUGAAACAUCUUCUAUUGAAUGUCUACCAAGUUUGAUCAAAUAAAAGCCCUGGGGUCAAAAUUGGCCCCGCCCCGGGGGUCAUUGAUUUUCCCUAUAUGCAUAUAGUAAAAACUUAAAAAAUGUUCUUUUAAAGAAUCGUAAGAGCUAAAGCUUAGAUAUUUGGCAUGAAACAUCUUCUAGUGAAUGUCUACCAAGUUUGUUCAAAUAAAAGCCCUGGGGUCCAAAUUGGCCCCGCCCCAGGGGGUCAUUGAUAUUCCUUAUAUGCAUAUAGUAAAACUUAUAAAAUCUUCUUUUAAAGAACCCAAAGAGCUAGAGCUAAGAUAUUUAGCAUGAGACAUGUUCUAAUGGGUGUCUACCAAGUUUGUUCAAAUAAAAGCCCUGGGGUCAAAACUGGCCCCGCACCGGGGAUCAUUGAUUUUCCUUAUAUACAUAGCAAAAACUUAAAAAUCUUCUUUGAAAAAACCUAAAUAACUAGAGUUUAGAUAUUAAGCAUGAAACAUCUUUAAGUAAAUAUCUACAAAGUUUGUUCAAAUAAAAGCCCAGGGGUCAAAACUGGCCCUGCCCGAGGGGUGUCAUUGUUUUUAACUAUAUGUGUAUAGUAAAAACUUAAAAAAUCUUCUUUUUAAAAACCCAAUGAGCUAGAACUUAGAUGUUUUGCAUGAAACAACUUCCUAUGGGUGUCUACCAAGUCUGUUCAAAUAAACAAAUAAAAGCCCUUGGGUAAAAAUUGGGCCGGGGGGGGGGGUCUAUAUACAGGUGAGCGACCUCAGGGCCAUCAUGGCCCUCUUGUUUUAUCAUUUUGUCUAUUUUCUGAUUUAAAAUAUUGAACAAAAAAAUCUGAAUAACUAGAGGGUUAUUUAGUGUAUUUUUUGUAAGCAUUAUUGUGUUAAACUUUUCAAGAACAUUUAUCAAAGUGAUAUUAUGCCCAUGCAAGUGUAAAUUGUAAGAGUACCAGUCAAUGUGGAAAUAACUAUAUGUUUGGACAAUUUAUUUCUAAAUUUUAUAUUCUACUACAUAUGUAUGAUCAAUAACACAUAUGGCUUACAGAAAAUUAUAUAAUAUCCUUGUAAUGUAUCGAAAAAAUUCAAAAAGACUUGUGCAGUGUUUCAUAUUUUAGGCAGUUAAUAUAUUAAAUCUUAUAGUAUAUAUUACACCUAAUUCUGCUUAUUUUGACAGAAAAAAAUGUGAGCAUAAUGUCACUUUAAUGUAGUGUUUUGGGGUAUAUCAUUUGAUUUUAGAAAGUUUUAUUUUAUAUUUACAAUUGGUUAUAUGAGCCGUGUCACGACAAAACCAACAUAGUGCGUUUGCGACCAGCAUGGAUCCAGACCAGCCUGUGCUACUGCGCAGUCUGAUCAGGAUCCAUGCUGUUCGCUAUCAGUUUCAUUACUUGUUAAAGAGUUGGUAAGCGAACAGCAUGGAUCCUGAUCAGACUGCGCGGAUGCGCAGGCUGGUCUGGAUCCAUGCUGGUCGCAAACGCAUUAUGUUGGUUUUGUCGUGACGCGGCUCAAUUAUGUAUAAGAUGAAAUUGCUGUGACAUAAUGAAGUUUAUUUAAGAUGCAAAUACUAUAUUUAUGUAUCACCCCAGUACUUAGUAUUACACUGCUCCAUUUGAAUUCACUUUGAAAUGACGAACUUGCCUUUGCCACCAGUACAAAGUCGGGCCGGCCUUCACAGCCAUGCAGUCUGACCGGACUCGGUACUGUUGCCAGCUCAUUUUCAGAUUUUUGAGAUUGAAACCCUUGUAAAUAAUGAAUUUGAGCAUUUUGAUAUCAAAAUCCCCUUAAGUAACAAUGGACUGUUCCAAAGUCAAAGUAGGACUAGUCUAUUUCACAAAUUCAGCUGAGUCAGGGUGAAAGCAUUUUGAAAAUAUAGUUGAUAUUUUGAAGCAAAAAGGAAAGGGUAAUUCAAAGCUUAUAUGACUUCUUAUUUUUAUGCCACCGCAGCAUCUGCGAUGCGGUGGCAUAUAGCGAUUCACCUGUGUGUGUGUGCGUGUGUGUGUGUGUGUGUUUGUUUGUUUGUGUGUGUGUGUGUUAUAUAGAUUAUAUAGUGAACUUAAAAAAUCUUCUUGUGAAAAACCACUAGUCCAAUUUCAACCAAACUUGGCAGGAUUGAUCCUUGGGUGAAGGGGUUCCAAAGUUGUUCAAAGAAUUUCAUUCCAUGCAGAAAUCUGGUUGCCAUGGCAACCAAAAGGAAUUAAAAGAAUAAAUUUAAAAAAUCUUCUUGUAAAGACCCAAAAGGCCUAGAGCUUAGAUAUUUUGCAUAAGGCAUUGUCUGGUAGACCUUUACCAAGAUUGUUCAAAUUAUAGCCCUGGGGUCAAAAUCGGCCCCGCCCCGGGGGUCAUUGAUUUCACUAUAUUUACAUAUAGUAAAAACUUAAAAUACCUUCUUGUAAAGACUGAAAAGGUCUAGAGCUUAGAUAUUUUGCAUAAGGCAUUGUCUGGUAGACCUCUACCAAGAUUGUUCAAAUUAUAGCCCAUUGGGUCAAAAUUGGCCCGGCCCGGGGGGUCAUUGAUUUUCACUAUAUGUACAUAUAGUAAAAACUUAAAAUACCUUCUUGUAAAGACCCAAAAGGCCUAGAGCUUAGAUAUUUUGCAUAAGGCAUUGUCUGGUAGACCUCUACCAAGAUUGUUCAAAUUAUAGCCCUAGGGUCAAAAUUGCCCCUGCCCCGCGGGUCAUUGACUUUCACUAUAUGUACAUAUAGUAAAAACUUAAAAUACCUUCUUGUAAAGACCCAAAAGGCCUAGAGCUUAGAUAUUUUGCAUAAGGCAUUGUCUGGUAGACCCUUACCAAGAUUGUUCAAAUUAUAGCCCUGGGGUCAAAAUCGGCCCCGCCCCGAGUGUCAUUGAUUUUCACUAUAUGUAAAUAUAGUAAAAACUUAAAAUACCUUCUUAAUUGUAAAGACCCAAAAGGCCUAGAGCUUAGAUAUUUUGCAUAAGGCAUUGUCUGGUAGACCCUUACCAAGAUUGUUCAAAUUAUAGCCCUGGUGUCAAAUUCGGCCCGCCCGGGGGGUCAUUGGUUUUCCUUUUAUGUAUAUAGUAAAAACUUAUAGUAAAAACUUUUAAAAAAUUUCUUCUAGCAAUUGACAAAUGCUAGAGGUUAGAUAUUUUGCAUGAAACAUUGUGAAGUGAACUUCUAGCAAGAUUGUUGUUGAAUUAUAGCCCUGCCAGUGUCAAAAUUGCCCCCGCCCCAGGGGUCAUUGAUUUUAAAUAUAUAUAUAGUAAAAAAUCUUAUUGUCUGAAGGUACAAGGCUUAGAGCUUUAAUAUUUGUUAAAUGAUAUCAUCUAUAGGAACUCUACCAAAGUUGUUCAAAUUUUGCCUCUAUAGUGUCAAAAUCUAGUGUCAAAAUUAGGUUUUCCUUAUAUGUAUAAAGUAAAAACUUAAAAAAUCAUCUUCUUUAAAUUUACAAAGACUAGAGUUAAGAUAUUUUGCAUGAAACAUCAUAUGUAGUGAACCUCUAGCAAGAUUGUACAAAUUAUAGCCCUGGGGUCAAAAUUGGCCCCACCCCCUGGGGUCAUUGAUUUUCACUAUGUACACAUAGUGAAAAAAUAAAAAAUAUUUUUGUCUGAAGGAACAAGGGAUAGAGCUUUGAUGUUUGCUAUAUAAUAUCAUCUAUAGGUCCUCUACUAAAGUUGUUCUAAUUUUUUCCCUGGUGUCAAAAUUGACCCUGCCCGGGGGCAGUGAUUCUCAUUAUGUACACAUAGUAAAAACAGAAAAUAAAACAAAUGUUUUCUGAAUGGGAGAAAGCUACAGCUUAGAUAUUUGACUUGAAAUGUUGUUUGGUGGACCUGUAUCAAGAUUGUUUUGAAUUAAGCCCUUGGGUCCAAAAUUUUGCCUCGCCCAAGUUGACAGUGACCUACUUUCUUGUCCUUUGAUGUACAGCAAUGAAAUUUUGACCAUGUGCACAGUUUUAGUUGUAAAAUUGAACUUUGAUAUCAGGUGACCUAGAUUUUGUUGAUGUGACCUACUUUCUUGUCCUUUGAUGUACAGCUAUGAAAUUUGAACCCUGUGCACAGAUUAAGAUGUAAAGUGAACUUUGAUUUCAGCUGACCUAGAUUUUGACAAAGUGUCUUACUGUGUUGUCCUUUUGAUGUAGUCAUGAAAUUUAGGCUGUGUGAAAUAUGACCUUCACCACCAAAUUCACUAGACUCGAGUGCAUUGAUAUAUUCCUACUCUGAUCUUUUAUUGAGUUAACAUUUAAUUUAACCACUUAUCUGAUAAUAAGAGUAAGAUAGGUCAGGGAUCUAUGCUUUAUGACAAUCUUCAAAAUUGUAAAGAAACAAAAAAAAUCUGUUCCUACACUACUAUUUAGUGUUGUAUUAUUGCGGUGGCAUAGCAUUUUUCUCAAAUGCAAUCUUGUUCAAAUUGUAGCAUUCAUAAAUAAUGUUGUUGUUUUUUUAUGCAAAAAUCUCAACACCCUUUGCAUGCUUGGGGAAAUUGUCUUCUGCUAAAAAUAUUGCCUGCUUAAUUACUGAAUUCUGUUAUAUUUGUUGAAAUUAGAAAUAGAUGUAUAAAUGGCGACUGUCAAACAGCUUAGUAGCCUGACAAGAUGCUGAGGUACUCAGAAUCAAGUACAGUACCUGACUUAAUGCUGAAGUUACUCAGAUUCUGGUCCAAUGCUAAACUGUUUGCAAAGGCUAUCUCAUUCACUGUCAGCAGGUUGAAGGUUAAAUGCAAUAUGUUGUUUUUUUUAAAAACUAAUGUAAAUAAAUUUGAUAGGUUAUGUUGGAAUUAAAGGAAAUUUGUAUGAAAAUUGUUACAUAGAAAGAAGGGUAACCCGGCAACUGAUUCUAUCCACAUGUGACCAGUGCAGACCAAGAUGAGAUGGCAAAUUUAUGCAUUCUGAUCAUGGUCUGCUCUGAUCAUGAUUUGGUCUGUUGGCAUUUCAGUCAGUAAAUAUUUUGGAAAUUUUCCCAAUAAAUGAUGAAUGAUUUUGUCCAGAUUGAAAUAUGUGCACGUCCAUUUAAAAUAUUAAGUUUGGUUAGGGGUUAGAUAUAGAUUGUAUAAUAUUCUUUUAAAGGCUUUAAGGGCAUUUGGUAUAAUGAAAUUGACCGUAAACUUACUGACCAAGAUAAAUUUUUUGGUUUUUGUUCUUUACAAUGAAAUUAGCCUUUUUUACAAAGGCAUUUGUUAAACAGUUAAGUCAUUUGGAUAAAUUUGCUCUCCGUUUUUGUUGUUCUUUGGUAUGUUUAAUGUUUUUAUUUUAAAUUAUGUUCAGCAGACCUGAAUUUUGGUUCCCUUAAAUAAUUGAGAUGGCAGAAUAGAUUUCAAAAUGAAUUUAAACUUUCAAGAGCCACGCCUCUUGGCAACAAUAAAAGUCUUUGGAUGUUGCUUUGCAGAAGUUUCACUGUGAAUGCGUAGUAGUGUUCUGUUCCCAUUAAAGCUAGAAAGUCUCAUAAUUAAUACUGUUGGUGCGAGAAAAGACCAUGUGGUCAAAUGGUCUUAACAUUGUUGUUGUGAACAAUGAAAAUACCCAUGUUUUUCUCGUAACCUUAACACUGUUGAUUUUCUGAGGGAAGUUUGUGUGGAGAUAUAGCCCGGCAAUUGGACAUUUGUAUCCCGCGAUAAUUUCUAAACCUUGGCAGACUGAAUACCAGUGCUACGUUGAGACAAACAAUAUUUCCCCUAUCACAGUCUUGACUUAGGAUAUGAUAGCAGGUACAUAUAUUUGAGGGAAAAGUUUCACAUGGGAUUCAAUAUUAACAUUUUACUCUUUGUUCUUCCCUCCUUGUUCAUUCUACCAUAUGCCUUGUUUUUACCCUAAUCAUCUGCUGAACACAUUUGAGUAGUGUAUAUAUAUAUAUACUUUUAAUUUAGUCUGACAGCACCAGUUUUGUGACAUAAUGUAUAUACUUGGAAAGGUAUGUUAACUUUUACUUUGUGUUAUAUCAGUGGUUAUAUUUCCAACAGAUUUUAUCUUCCCCGUUAUAGCAUGUCAUGUUCAAGCCAACACUUUCCUAUCAUGUUUUCACCAUAUCAAUGUGAUUUAAGAUAUAAUAAUAUUGUUGUCAAGUUGAUACAUUUACAACACGGUACCCGUAUUAACAAUAUGUACAUAGUGUGGUAAAUAUAGACAAAGCAUAGAUUGUCUUCACCCCUGUGUAUAUGCAAGCAUAGUUUUUAAAGAAAAAUGUAUUAAAGAUCUAUUGCUGUAAUUUACAAUGCCGUAGAAUUAUUUACAUUAUCUUUUCCUUAUGCAAGGUACUUCGAAUAAAUUGUAUUUUUUGUCAGUGAUUAAAAUAACAAAACUAAAUAAGAAUAGAAAAUGUAGUUUAUGCGAGCGUUAAGCACUAGCAGUUUAACUGAAUUUAAUUGUGUGAAAAUAAGCAGACACAAUGACCAUUAUAGUACAAUAAGAACCUGUAGGAAAUAUGUGAUCUACUAGACAGGUGUAGAUUUUUAAAAGAAAUGAAAAAAACUAAGAUCAUAACAACUAUGCUAAUUAAUUGAAACAAAAUAUUGGGAAACAGUCUUAGCGCACGAUGUAGGCAAACAAAUACAUAGAUUUUUAUAGGAAAGUGGUAUUCUCCAAAUAACUCAUCCAUGUUUGUAAUGGUUAUUUUGGUUUGAAGCUGAUGAUAUUUGAAAUGUGUUUUUUUUCUUAACAAAAAACAUCUUUGACAGCUGUGAAAAUAAAUUCAAAAUAUACUUGAAGAUAAAGGCUUUUAUUUCAUUACUGUUCGUAACAAAGUGAUUGCACAAUGCUACAGUAUGUUUAUAGUGUUUUUUUUAGCAUGCGUAGUGUCAGAGUAGUAUGGUAUAUUUUAGCCUUGCAUUCCUGAAUUUGAAAGUCAACAUAAUAGUUUCUGAAUACUUUUUUUCCAUUAUAUGUUAUUAUUGUAUCAUUCAAAUUGACAUGCCCAUUAUAAUGAAUUGAUAUUGUAUGCAACUGGUUUUGAAGUGUUUGGGUUAUUUUGUUCUGUGUAUUUUUUUCUUCAAAUAUUACUUAUAUUUAUUGUAUCAUCCAUUUUUUUGCCAAUGGUGUUAAGAUGCUUAUUACAUGUUAUUCAUCGAUGAUAAAAAUACAUGCAAUUUUUAGCUCCUUAGAGCAAGAAUUACACAUAUGAAGUCCUAAGUAUUUUUGGCUGCAUUUUUGUUGGCUAUUGCGGCCCCACAACAACAACAACAGUAUCAAGGGAUGUAUUACACUGUAAACAAAGGGCUAAAUUAGACGAUAUAUGCACUAGUGUCUGAAUUUGUUUUUCUAUUUUCCAUUAUAUGUUUGCACAUGCUUACAUGAAAUGUUGAAAUGUUUUCCAACGUGAGCAAUAUAGGGUUUAUUAUGGCUUUCUUCUUUAAUAUUACAAUGAAAAUGAAUUAUCAAUGGUUCUAGCAAAUAGCUACCCUAAGGUUUUUGAUAAAUAACAAACAGGUAUGGAUAAAAAGUAAUACAGCUAUGCUAUGAAGUUAUGCUUGACUAUUUUGACAGAGGGAAACAUUAUAUUAAACAAGUGCAAUGAGUUUUUGAGUCUUGUAUAAACACAUGUUUUGGAAGAGAAACUAGAUAAAAAAGUAAGCUUUAAGUUUUGAAAAAUAUGGGAUUAAAGUCUAAGAAAUUAAGGGUUUUGAAGGAAUAUUGUGAACACACUAAUAAUAGUAAUAGUGUCCGAAAUAAAAAAUCUAUGAGGAAAAUCAUUUAUUUUGUACAUUUGCUGUGGUGUUAUCAGCGACAGGCAUAUUGCUACAUGUAAUGACAUACUUAUGCAAUUGUGUGGAAAGACAUUACUGUUUGCCCUCUUAAUUUUUUUAUAGUACAAAAUUAUGACGGUAUUAAUGGAUGUUUCAGACUCAAAAGCAGAAAAAAUAUCAGCAAUGUUAGGGUGGAAGUAUAUAAGGAUUUGAAAUGAUAUAUUUUUUAACAUUUUAGAAAGAAUUAUUUUGCCACUUUCAUACUAUCAUCAGUGUUAUUGGUGCUUCCCCAUUUUCCUUAUUAUUAUAGAAUGUCAUAUGACCCAAUAUAGAUAGUCAUGUGACAAAGUAUAAAUGUCAUGUGACAAGUUUUGAACUGUCAUGUGAUCUCUUUUAAGAUUUGAAUUUAUGCCUAUUUCAUGAGGGAGAAGUACGAUUCUUUGAGGCUUUUUUUUGUAACUUUGCAGAAGAUAAUUAUUUGAAAUGUGGCAAUUUUAGUAUUCAUAUUUUAUUUAUGUGAAAAUUAUUUAGAAUGAAAAUAUUUCAUGCAGCAUAUAUGUUUAGUUCCAAAAUGACAAAAAAUAUGUCUUUGGUUAAAUUAAAGUUCAGUUAAGUUUUAAUACCCAUUAGCUUAAGAUCAAGCCUUUUUAUAAACAAAUACUAUAUGUAAUUAUAUUGUAUGUUUCAUUUAAUAAUGAUUUUUAUGUAGAAAAAAAGAAAAGAAAAAAUUGUGCCUCAAACUGGAAUCUGUUCAAACAUCUAGAUGUUUAUCUUGGUUUACAUUAUAUUUGUAAUCCCUUAUCAUAGAACUUUAUAUCUGAAUGUUUGUUUUAGUUAUUUAGGCCCAGAAUACUGUUGUAUGUUUUUUGUUGUUUCUUUGGGCCUUGGGUGUUUUUUAAUUUUUUCUCUGAAAGAAAUUAGAAAAAAAUGUGUAUAUAAAUUGAAGAGGCAAUAAAGUUAUGAUUAUGUCCAGUUGAAA